AGCAUUAGCAAAGCAAUCUUCUUUUUAUGAUGAUAUGCCAGAGAAAACUUGAAUGAGAGACGUUUAGAUGUGUCAUUGAAAGAUGUGCAGCCAAAUCCUUCUUUAUUAAAGAGAGAAGCUUAAAAAGCCCCUGCCUUCUAACAGAUUCAAAAGAAAAGAGUCUCCCUCCAGACUUGGCAAGUCUGUAUAUCGGGUCUCAAGCCGAACAAUAAGAACAAAAAUAGGUGGGGGAAGAGUUAAAGUGGAGGGAAGGCUGAGUAAGCUCCUAACAAGCCCUGAGCCCCAAGGGAGAGGGUUGCAGCAGCUGGAGAGUGGGUGGUGAAAGAGUGAGGGAGGGGAGAGGAACUGAGGAAGCCUAGCCUUUCAGGAUCUAGGUAGCCCAUCCUUCUGCCUGCUUCUAUAUCCCCGUGCCCCAACUAGUGCCACCAGCCCUCUGCUGCCCCCUGCCAAGGGCAUGCCAGCCAAUUGGUGCUAUUUUUCGAUCGCACUGGGAAAGAAACCAGAGUGGUGGCCAAUGACAUGUGAGCUCUAAAGAGGGCGUUGCAGGAAAGCAGUAGGUGACAGCAAAACUCCUCCUUUUCUCGCAGUGCUCAGGAGUGCUCUGUGGUGAACAUGGCAGAUGCAGAGUAAGGUUCAGGCUGCUGCCGCCGCCUCGCUCUACAACUUGUUGGCUGCCCCGCAAUUUCCCCUGUCGCGGGCUGAAGAGGUAGCUGGGCGGGGAAGAGCCCCCGGGUUCGGGGCUGCGUGUGCGUGUGUGUGUGGUGGGGAAGAGAGGCGCGCUGGGCUGUGUGAUGAUCCGGGUAUGGAGGGCGAGCAGGGGGGAGCAGCGGGGGCCGCUGCGUUGCUGCUGAGCCGCUCCGGGAGCCGCGGGGCGCAGCAGGGACCAGCUGCCAGGCGGCGUGCCAGCCACUGCUGCUGGGCUCGGGGGCGGCGUGUCCCCCUUCCCAGGGCGGCGGCGCUGGGCUGGGUCUGAUCGCUCCUUGCAGGGCCGCUGGCUGCCGCGGCGCUUCGCAGCUCCGCGCCCUUCCUCGGCGCGCGGCAGGCAGGGACGGAGGGCGCCGAGCCGGCCAGGGGCAGGGAGCUGCAGCCAUGCUGCCCGGGGUGGGGGUGUUCGGCACCAGCCUCACCGCCCGGGUCAUCAUCCCGCUGCUGAAGGACGAGGGCUUCUCGGUCAAAGCGAUUUGGGGCCGGACCCAGGAGGAGGCGGAGGAGCUGGCCAAGGAGAUGAGCGUCCCCUUCUACACCAGCCGGAUAGACGAGGUCUUGCUGCACCAGGACGUGGACCUGGUCUGCAUCAACCUGCCGCCCCCGCUCACCAGGCAGAUCGCGGUGAAAACCCUGGGCAUUGGAAAAAAUGUCAUCUGUGACCGAACAGCAACUCCCCUGGAUGCCUUCAGGAUGAUGUCUGCGGCCCAUUACUACCCCAAGCUCAUGAGCAUCAUGGGGAACGUUCUCCGCUUCCUGCCUGCCUUUGUGAAGAUGAAGCAGUUGAUUCAGGGGGGCUAUGUGGGGGAGUUGCUGGUGUGCGAGGUGCAGGUGCACAGCGGAAGUCUGCUGGGCAAGAAGUACAACUGGAGCUGUGAUGACCUGAUGGGGGGUGGGGGUUUGCACUCGGUUGGUACCUAUAUCAUCGACCUCUUGACCUUCCUCACCAGCCAGAAGGCUGUGAAAGUCCACGGGCUGCUCAAGACCUUUGUGAAACAGACAGACCACAUCAAGGGAAUACGUCAGAUCACCAGUGAUGACUUUUGCACGUUUCAAAUGGUUCUUGAAGGCGGGGUGUGCUGCACUGUGACCCUCAACUUCAAUGUCCCCGGGGAAUUCAAACAAGAUAUUAUUAUGGUAGGUUCAACUGGACGACUGAUUGUAAUAGGCACUGAUCUGUAUGGGCAGAGCAACAGCUCUCCUCAAAGAGAGCUCCUUCUAAAGGACUCUAUGCCAGUCAGUAACUCCUUACUGCCUGAGAAGGCCUUCAGUGAUAUCCCAUCCCCAUACCUUCAGGGCACUAUUAAGAUGGUGCAGGCCAUCCGGCAAGCAUUUGAGGACCAGGAUGACAGGAGAACCUGGGAUGGGAGGCCCCUCACCAUGGCUGCGACUUUCGAUGACUGCCUGUAUGCCUUGUGCGUAGUGGACACUAUUAAAAAGUCAAACCAACUAGGGGAAUGGCAGAACAUUGCAAUCAUGACAGAAGAGCCAGAACUGAGCCCUGCAUACCUGAUCAGUGAAGCCAUGCGUAGGAGCAGAAUGUCUCUGUACUGUUAGCUUCACUCAGCUCUUAGAAAGGAAUGGAAACAACACAGCUCUUAAAGAAUAAUUCAGACAGCAUAAGGAUUUGGAUAUGUAAAAGUUUGACAACAUGGGAAAUGAAAAUUUGAUGUUUAAACCGACUAAACUAGUUGGUGUCUCUAUACGACGGUGAUGGGAGCAUUAGAAAUGCCUAAGCUAGACAGAUGGAAAUGAGAAUUGUUUAAGGGCUGACAUAAAUAACUUGUGUUACCUGUUUAGCAGCAGUAUUAACUGGCUGGAUAGCGAGAUAUCAUGGGAACAGUUGUGUUUACUGUGAAAGUUCAGGAAGAUCCUUUUUGACUUACCUGUCCUGCCAGAGGGCUGUGAAGGCUCUGUCAUGUCAGAAAGUCUCCUGUGGCAUCUGACGUGAAGAGUUCCCACCAUGCCAGCUGACAACACCACACUCUACUGCUACGUUACUAACCAGUGCAUAGAAUAAUAAGACUUGUUGUGACCAAGUGUCCCGUGACCUGGACAAAUUUGGCAGCUCAAUUUUCAUAGCUUAUUCUGUGGUGUGUGUUUUUUCUUUUUUGUUUUUGUUUUUAACGCAAUUAAGUAGGGAACAUUGUGGCUUUUGUAAACAAGUCAGUCUCCAACAGCAGCUCAUAUAAGUGUGGGGGAUGGGGAAAGCAUUCUACAAGUUCAUGUUAAGCUUCAGUGUUAGAUGUAAAGAUGUGCUCAUAAAAACGGGUUGUGCAAAACCUUCAUCAGCAACAUCCAGGCCACGUGACACUCUUCUGAUUUGGGAUUUGUUACACCACCAAGACUUGGGCCAGGUUUACAGACUUUCCUGUGAGCGUGGGAUUGAGUUCUCAGUGAGCCGGCCUUGAAUUAUGGUGGAGAAUAUACAAAACUAAGUGGGCUUCUACCCAAGAGCUAUGUUUUGAGUUUUUGUGUUCUUUUAAAUGUAUGUGAACCUCAACCUAGAAGAAAAAAUCUGCACCAGCCACCAAGUUCCACAUUGCUCAGCCCACAAGCUUUCAGCUUCUGAUGAUGGAGGGUCUGAAUGAAAAACCACAACGAAUGAGAAAAAUUCUUAUAGAUUUGCAGGGAAAAAAGUAAAAAUCUCCUUACCUGCCUAAAGUCAGCAGCCACAGGUACUGUCCUGACUGUUCCCUUUGUCACCAACGCAGGAACAGACAAGUGGUCUCUUGUUUAGUUAUUCUCUUUGUCUUUAAUGUAUUAGGCCCUGCUCUUGCAAACAAUUUAUGCAGAUGCUUGUAAACUGUCCUGGUAAGCUCUGUGGCACUCCCCUUAUGCAUUAAGCUACUCAUGUGUUCAUGAGUUUGCAGCAUCGGGGCUUCAGCUUGAAAAAUAACACAACAAAAUGUAAUCCCCAAAAGAAUACAAAGCAAAAUUACAUUUGUUUUAAACUGUAGCAAAACCACUUGUUUUGGUUAAUCUGAUGGGGGACAAACUCUUACGAGAUUUAUGUUUGCUAUAAGGAUUGAAAAAGAAAUUUUGAACCUUUUUUCUCAGGGAUGCCAGGUCAGUAUACUAAUUGAUUGUUUAGAUUUUAAAAAUUAUGACUCUUUAAAUUAAAAAAAAAAAUGUUUACAGCUCUGUCAUCUUUAUGAAUGCUUAAAGCUCCCUUAGGAAUCCUGCUACUGACCCCUACCUUAUUACCUUGUUCUCUUGACUGCCAUAGUCUAGGCUUUAGUGCUGCAUUCACUGAACUGGGAGAGCAAUGUUAAGUACAAAUUUUAUUUGAAAAAAUAUGUAAAAUCCUAGAUAUUUGUGAACUUUCAUGACUUCUUCCCUGAGAUCUAUAAAUAGCAUGAAUGAUGGAGGAAAAAGGUCACAAAAUUUGUUUAAAAUAAUAUUGUGAAAUGAAUGAGUCGAUUUGGAUGAUUACUGUUUGACCAGCUCUAGCAAUUGUAUCUGUUGUUUACUGCUUCUGCUAUGGCCUUGGGCAAGGAUGCAGGGCUUCUCCUGCUAGGAUCUCAAGUUUGUAUUUUUUUUUCCAGUUGUUUAAAAUUAUUCCUUGGAAAAUAGUUGUCAGCUAAACAAUUAAGCAAAUAGGAAAUAACCAGAAUUAUAACCAUCGUUGCAUACAACACUAUUCCUUUAUUUAAAUAAACCUGCUAUCUCACACCCCCACCCCCACCCACCCACCACAGAGGGACAGUCAGAUCAAAAAUGAAAUCUCUCUUAGCAAAAGAAUGAUAUUAAUCAGAGAGGGUCAAGAGACGUAUAUUGAUUUUUUUUUAAUGCAGUAUGGUAUAAUCUCCUUACUGAGGACAAAGGUAGAGUCAUGGAUGCAGGAUAAUGUGGAUGACUAAGGGACAGAAAAAUCAAUGGCAGGGAGCUAGAUAUGAUAAACCAAGUCCGAUAAAAGAAAACACCAUCCCAAACCUAUAGCCCAAAAACCUGAAUUAAAUCUGAACCAAAAUAUUUUUUAGUUUCUCUUCAUUUAUUAUUUGCAUUGUGAUAGGGUUACAGAGCUCCACUCAUGGACCAGGACCCCAUUGUGCCAGGUGGUGCACAAAAUUUAAUAUCUUGGCCGUCUAUAUUUUUAACGUUUGUGCCUCUCUGCAGUUUUAUGGUUCUGGCUGAAGCAUAAGUGCUAGAAUCCUGGGCCUUGUUCCUGCAGUGAGCUCCAUGCAGGCAGAAUGCGGAGUCCUAUUGAAUUCAAUCUUUCUGUCCCUGAGCUGAAAGCUUUCAGGUGGUGUGCGUCACCCUUCCUCUCCUUAGCCUUAUUGGUUCAGAUACUGCAAUUUGCAGAGUUUAACUCUAACUGGGGUGGCAACUGGUGACUGCUUGCAGUCAGGAUUGAAUGAAGUUUUCAUUCUUUCCAGGAUGUAAAGUGAGAUGCAAUACUGCUGUCUGGGCAAGGAUUUGGUAGCAUCAGAUGUAAAUAUAUUAAACUGCCAUCUGAAUGAAAGGAACAAGUGACUAGUUUAUUUGUAGAAUGUGUCAUAAUAUUCCAAUAAAAUUAUGACUUACUCUAUAAUAGGGCUAUUUAGAUUUGCGGUAUCAAACCCUCAUUAUUUUUUGGGACAGUUUGAAGUACCUUAAGCUGAAUGCUGCAACUGGCCCCUGGAGUUCACAUCACAUUUAAGAAUUUGGCCAACGGUUAAAAAAGGUUUACAGUAUUUAAUUUAAGAGAGUCCCUGGUACUUUACCAAUGUAUUUGGAAUAGCACUUUUAAUGCUACUCUUUCUCUAGUGCCAUAAGAUUUGAGCUCCUGCUAGAAUUGGUGCAGACCCAGUUAUUCAAAUCCAGGCUACUAUUUAAUGUACAAUAGCCCAGAAGUAACCUUGUGCACUUGCUAAAUCAAAGAUAGUCUUGUUUUCUAGGGCUGCUGCUGUUGGAGAGGCUCUUUCCUUUGCCAUUCGUUACUUGUGUACAUGUGAUAUUAAAAAUUGUGAUCUGCCGCAAAAGAGGCAGAGAGCCAAAGCAAUAUUAAAAUUGUGAUCUGCCGCAAAAGAGGCAGAGAGCCAAAGCAAUCCUCAUUAAGAGGCAAGUUAUGCCUUGCAGUGAAUUCAGUAGAAAGACUCCCAUUGACUCCAUGUGGAAUUGGAUUUGUCUUCAAGUGAACUGUUUACUUCCAGGUAAAUGGAGGGCAGCCCCUCCUCAUGUCCCUGUGUAGCAUCAAGGCACAAUUUCAGUCCUUCCAUGUGCCCCAUAAGUUUCAAGAUACCCCAGGUGGGUGAGAAGGUGGGUCCAUGGCCCUGUAUACACCAGCUAGCAGAAUAAGCUGGCCAUGCAAGUGAAGUAUAUCUACUGGACGUGUGUAACGGGUGCACUCCACCUGUGUGUCAGGGAGCUCAGGAAGGAGUCAUGUUUUUCCAAGGGCAAAAUUCCUCUGAGAACUCCCCCUGGAGCUGUGCCCCAAUGCAGGGCUCAGUUAAACCCUAAACAAUAUUAGCAACCUCAAGCUUUGGGCUUUCCCUUAUCUCAUAUCCUGCACAUGGCUGGAUUAGUAGCAUUCAACCUAUAUAGUUAGAAAAUACCUAUGUAUAGAUAAUACGUUCUUACCCAGGAUCCCUAUACGGCAUAGAGUCAGUGCAUGCAUAGACAAGCUCAGACUCAGCAUGAGUUUCAGCAGAACCUUUGGAUGAAAGCAUGAGAAAUUCCUGUCUAGCUGGCUUAGGGCAAUCAGAGGCACUUUCCACUUUGUACUGAAUUUCUUUUUCUUUUUCUCAUCUCCUCAAUAGUUUUUGAAUUACAGUGACCACAGAAGAGAAGGGGUAUCCCUAUCUCUGCUCCACAUUGUCCUGGCAUAUAAACUAUUCAAUUCUGGCAUUAUCCCGUUUAUUUUUAUGUCCUUACAACUAUAGCAAAAACCCUUUUACAACUAAAAAUGACUGUUCUGACAAAAAUUAACAUUAUUCUUAGUUGAUUUUAUUUCACAACAAAAAACAAACUUAGCAUCCAAUGAAGUGAGCUGUAACUCACGAAAGCUUAUGCUCAAACAAAUUUGUUAGUCUCUAAGGUGCCACAAGUCCUCCUUUUCUUUUAGCAUCUCCAUUGCGUCUUUGCAGAGAUCCAUAGAUUACUACUGACAGCAAUGCUUGUCACUGGAAGUUUUUAGCCCUGGACUUCUAUAUGUUGUUGUAAGUAUAAUACACUGAGUGUAAUCUGUUUACUGUUCAUUUCUGUACCUAUAAGAGUUUAAAAGCAUCUAGCAGACCUUGGGCUUUGUGCAGCUAUUUAAUGCAUUGUCUUAACACUCUUACCUCCUUGAUGGGCAAGAGAUAUGCCUUAAAUAGCUGAAAAGCUCAACACUGCACUGUUUGACCUCUAAAGAUGGCUUUUUGGGUAUUUAGGACUAGCUGUGAGAUGGCAGGAUUAUGCAGAAUAGCAGGUUUUCUUGUUCUUGUUAAAAUUGGAAGCAAAAUCUGUAAACUUUGUAGAUGAAGUAUGAAUGAAUAAUCUUUAGUCCCGUUCACUUAAAAUUCUCUCCUUGCUGUGGAUUUCUUAACCUACAAGGUAUAUUCCAUUAAAUAACAAUGAUGUCCAAAAACACCCACCCCAAAAUCCCCAUGUCCUUCCUGCAUGAAAGGAGGCAUUUUAAAUAGAUAGGACUGUACAUAGGGCUGCAUUCAUGAACCCAUCCAUAACUGAACUGUCUCUGUCUCUUUCUUGCUGCUGCUCUGAUGCCAAGCAUUUGAAACACAGAAUGACCAGGAUUGUGCUAACAAGGAACCUGAAUUGUCUCUUCUUUUGAAGAGGAUGUUGCCUCUAAAUCAAAAUAGUCAUCAUGGCCAGAUCAGCACUGAAUUAGUUUUAAUUGGGCCAGAUUCAGUCCUGGUAUAAACAGGUACAAUUCUAUAGAUUUGUAUUGUCAGAGUCUGAAUUUGGCCCAGUGUGUUUCACUCAUAUAUUGCCAUUGUUCUGUAUAGGAACUCUGGUUGAUUACAUGGAUUUAGCUAUAGAUAAUCCAGGUUCUCCACUUCUGAUGCUGCAGUGCUAGCUAUCAUCUUUAGAAGCACUAAAAUAAGGAUUAACACGUUUACCAUAUGGUUUAUAUGGUUUUACAGUCCUUCCCACAGCCUUCUUUCUUUUUAACCAUCAAUCAGGCCCACUGAUAUGGACCUUCUUUCUCAUCCCACUGCAGGCCCUCAAGACAGGUAUCUGUUGAGAAAGGUAUCUUUUGCUUCCUCAUCAGUUUUGCUCUCACUCUGUGUAACACAGGGUAGGUCAGGUGGCUAAUUGCUGAUUUGAAGCUAAUCCCAAAGCAAAAAAUUGCAUGAGUAAAAAUCCACUGAGUUUGAAUAAAUUACAUUCCCAUUGCCCAGCUAGGACAGACAGUAGCUCCCUGCUAUGCCUGGUUCAUGAAUGGUGCCCAUUGCUUCUCUCUGUACUGUCUUGUUGGGUUUUUUAAAUCUUAAAAGCAAAAGUAUCUUCAGUUUGUUGCUAUAUCAUUAUUAAAUAUAUUUAUUUUGUUUUUCAAACACAAAUGCAAAGUGUGCGUGUGUAUAUAUAUAAAAGUCAGUGCAUGGACAUAUGUACAGUAGAUAUUUUAAAGAGCUAUUUAUCAAGCAAAAAUAAGUGUUAUAAAGUAAACAGAGUCUAUAUUUUAUAUAUAAUGUAGAUAGCAAAAAAAUAGUGUUUAAAUUAUAGUAGGACUUUUUUUUUUAAAGAAAUGGACAGUUUGACGGUUCUAGCAUUUUAACAGCCAAACUACUUUGUAAGGAAGCUGCCUACUGUGUUUCUCAGUUGCCACAAUAUCUGUCUCUUCUCCUGGAAGGUGAUGUGCAUUGUUAAUUUUAUAUUGCUUUGGAAAUGUAGUUAGUUAUACUCAGCCAACUGGUAUAUGCUGCUUAAAACAUGGUUUCUGGCUGUUCUGCAUAUUUGCAUUGGUGGAAUAAAAGGAUCCUAAAUGGCAAAUAAAAUCAUAAAAGGAGAUGA